AUGACCUCCUUAGCCACAGCUAUCCUCCGCCGUGCUGGUUGGGUUCAUGCAUCGGCUUUCACCGCUCUCGACAAGAUUUCUGCACUUGUGUUCAGCUGCUGCCUCCUGGUGCUCCUCCAUAAUCUGUGCGUAUGGCUGACGACUGGACUGGAUGGUACGGCGGCAGCGGCGGUGACGUACAGCCUCAGCCUGCUGUCCCAGAUCAUCGCGCCCAUCAAGACAGCGCGGCUGACGUGCGACCGCGCGCGGGAUGCCGAGAUGAUGUCACGGCUGCUGGUGCACGACGACCUCGCGGUCUGCCCUGAGGGCACGAUGUGCCGCGAGCCCUGCCUGCUGCGGUUCAGCCCUGUGUUCGCGGAGCUCGCCAACGACAUGGAGCCCGUGGCGCUGGACGCACAGGUGACGACGCUGCAUUUGCCGUGGUGA